AUGCCCGGCAAACGUUGCCCUGGCCGCCGAGUGCUUCACACACGUCAAGGAAAGGGGCUGCACUCGUCAACCAGCGACCGCGAGGGCCUCGCCGCGCUAGCCGCCCACAAGAAGCGCAACGCCAAAAACGUCGCCUUCUUCUACUACGAGCUGCUCGGCGACGUGCAUAAGUACCAGGCCAUCCUAGCUAAGACGGAGUGUAAUAACGAGAUGGCUACUAAAGAGGAGGAGGAGGAGGAGGAGGAGGAGGAGGAGGAGGACGUUAAGAAGAUAAAAUAA